AUGGCACCAUUCCGUUGCGCUCCCCCUGUUUCUAGCCUCGUUUCCUCUCCUUUCCGUCCUGCUCUUCCCUCCCUGCUCGCUGGUGCCUCAGAGAUAUCUGGUUCGAGUGACGAAGCAGCAACAGCAGCAGUGGACCUUCUUGCUUCUGUGCUCGCGCAGGUGAGCUCAGGCAAAACGUGUUGUGAUAGGCCAGGGGGAGUGCACCCGUCCAUCUUCAUCAACCCAGCCACCUUCCACCUCACCGUUCAAAUGCUCAAGCUCUGGUCACCCCUCCGCGUGCAAGCAGCUGCCAACGCCCUGCAGGCGGUCAUGCCGAGAGUGCAAGAAGUGCUGGGCGAUGCACCUCUUGUCAUUCGCCUCGUUGGCCUUAGGUGCAUGAGGGGGCAUCCGUCCAAGGCGCAUGUGCUGUAUGCGGACAUGGAGGAGGUGGAUGGGGGGACCCGCCUGCCUGCCGUCUGUGAGGUGCUGAGGGAGGCGUGCAGGGAGGCAGGGCUCGUCACCCCUAGGGACUGCCGCCAGCCUCUCAAGGCCUCGUUCGCCUGUCCUGUUCCACCCACUCCCCCACCCCCCACCUUUCCUCUCCUUGCUCUGCCCCCCCCUAGCCCACAUCGCAAUGCUCGAGUGCCAUUCGAUGCCUCCCUCAUCGUGGCACAGCAUGGGGACACGGAGUGGGGGGAGGUGCGCCUGGGGGAGGUGCAUCUGUCGCAGAGGUUCAAAUUCGAUGACCAGGGCUACUACCACUGUUGCUCCUCGCUGCCUUUGCCCUGA